UCCACUUCCGGCCCCGCCCCUGAGAACCUGCAGCACCGACUGUCAUGGCGCCCGGACUGUUAGGUUUGUGCGCUCGCCGCCUUUUGGCAGCAGCGGCGACCCGAGGGCGCCUGGCCGCCCCGGUUCGCUGGGAAUCCAGCUCUGCUAGGGCUGUGAUCGCUCCGCCCGCCGCGGUGGGGAAGCGGGAGCCGGAGCCGACAGUGCGCUGGCAGGAGGACCCAGAACCGGAGGACGAAAACCUCUAUGAGAAGAACCCUGACUCUCAUGGCUACGACAAGGACCCCGUUCUGGAUGUCUGGAACAUGCGGAUCGUCUUCUUCUUCGGUGUCUCCAUCGUCUUGGUCUUUGGCACCACCUUUAUGGCAUAUAUGCCCGACUACAGGAUGCACGAGUGGGCCCGCCGGGAAGCUGAAAGGCUUAUAAAAUACCGAGAAGCCAAUGGCCUUCCCAUCAUGGAAUCCAACUGCUUUGACCCCAGCAAGAUCCGGCUACCAGAUGAGGAUUGAUUGGAUGCCCAGCGGACCUCAAGAAGCACCACCUUUUCUACCCCCUGCCUGCCAUUCUGCCCUCUCCGCAGAGCACCUUAUUAAAGAAACCGAAAAUCUGA